CAUAACUAGGGCCAUUUAUUGUUGCACAACCGAAACUUUCGAAGAUUCAGAGUUGAGGAACCGCGUUCAUAAACAAGUGUGACUGCGGAGCAUGUAAAGACCCACAUAGAAGAAAGGACUUUAUAAUAUUUAAGACGUGAUCAUCUUCAUUUCUACCAGUCAGCACCUCUGGGCUCAUCAUGGCUUCUCAGGGGCUUCAGAUCCUUGGUAUCCUCCUGUCCUUUAUUGGAUGGCUAGGCAGCAUCUUCACCUGCGUUUUGCCCAUGUGGAGGGUCACCGCUUUCGUUGGGGCGAACAUCGUCACCGCACAGGUGAUCUGGGAAGGCCUGUGGAUGAGCUGCGUGGUCCAGAGCACGGGGCAGAUGCAGUGCAAGGUGUACGACUCCAUGCUGGCGCUGUCUCAGGACCUGCAGGCCGCCAGGGCCAUGGUGAUCAUCUCUGUGAUUGUCGGCGUGUUUGGCAUGCUCAUGGCCAUCGCUGGAGGGAAGUGCACCAACUGCAUGGACGAUGAGGCGUCCAAAGCCAAAGCCUGCAUUGUCUCUGGAGUAAUCUUCAUAAUAACCGCCUUGCUGAUUAUGAUUCCGGUGUCCUGGUCAGCUCACAAUGCCAUCAGAGAUUUCUACAACCCCUUGGUGACGGCGGCACAAAGACGGGAGCUUGGCGCUGCGCUGUACAUCGGUUGGGGCUCUGCAGCCCUGCUACUUAUAGGAGGCGGUCUGCUCUGCAACAACUGCCCCCCAAAGGACAACAGACCCUACAUACCUGCAAAGUUUGGCCUGGCAAGAACCGUCUCAUCAAAUGUGGACUAUGUGUGAGUCCCUUGUCUGCAGAGAUCUUUAAUUACAAAGCUAAAAAUACAUUUAAUUUAGUUCCUUACUUGUAGUUGUGUAGACCUUUUAAUACAUCUUGAGGUUUUAAAAAGAUCUUAGCAAGACUUUUAGAGUGAAUAAACUUUUAAAGUUUUUUUAUAAUAAAUUAGCAAAUAAUUGUCAACUGAGCAAUGUGAUAGUUUCUCCAACCAGUAGGCUUUAAAUAGAAAUCAGCUAAUUUUCCCCGAUUGGUCAAAAUCGGACUCUUUUUUUCCAAUUCAUAAAACACAAGAGCAACAAAAAAGAGCAACUUCCUUUAUUGACCUAAAAAUGCAUCAACAAUCAGCUGGUACUAAGAUGCUCCAUUUGGGUCUAAGAACAAAAAAACCCAAAACAAAGCAAAACAGAAAUUUCUUUGUUUUCCUUUGAAUUUAGAAAUCACUACUUUCAAUUAAUUUGAUGCACAUUGGAUUUCUUUAAUAUGUCUGUAGUAGGUAAAAAUAAAGAUGUUGAAAACCAUGAAUAUUGGCCCAGAAAACUGUGAUUGGUGAAUUUCUGAUAUGUACUAUUGCUGUAACUUUACUUUUUCUAGACAAUUAUGAUAUUUUACAAAGGUUAUGAAAUGAGCUGCAUAAUAUAAAGAUAACUGUAAGGUUUUCCUAUAUCUUCCAAAUGAAUGUAGCAACAGAUGUUUGUUAUGCUUCAUCUGCCCUGUAAAUAAAACUGAAAUUGUUCUCUUGUGAUAAAAAGCGGAGGAAUCCAGCAGGGGAACCUCCUGGGAAUUUACUGUAACUGGAUGAGAUGUUUGCCAUGCUGUAAUGGAAAGCUGUUGUGUUCAGACAGUGAUUUAGCUUUUCUGUCUUGAGUAAAAUGGAUGUCACCGGCAGAGACGACAGAGGGCUGCUUAUGCUGGGAUCCAUGUUGCUGAGAAACCAUUUUAGUUGUUCAAAGAAUGGAUAUUUUCACUUCCCUGGGUGAAAGGACGUUUUUCAAGUCUUCUAAGGAGGACAGACCUUUUAAAAAUCAUCUUCAGUGCUUCAGAGUCAAACCUUUAAACACAAAAAAAGAAAAGUAAAUGAAUAUAAACCCUCAACUUUGACUGCUACUUACGGUUUUGUUAGAAAAUGCACAUGUAUAGUUGUAAUAAUAAAACGUGUCCUUGUGUUUCAUAAUUUUUUUUGCAUUUUACUUUCAUUAAAAAAGAAGCUUGGCAAAAAUAACAUUUCCA